GAUUUUUGUGUUCCCUCGUCUCGCUGCAAGGAAAAACAAGCCCUUUGAGAGGAACGCGGCGACACAACCGCGUUCUUCUUCCUGCUGUCGAGAGUGGUUCUCUCCGCUGACCGAUGGGGACCAUAAAAGCGAUCGCGGAGAAAUUGCAGGAAAGAAUUAUCAAGGUGGAGAAACACCAGCUACGCGCACGGCACACGACGAGUAACCACGUUACCGAUGGAAUUCGUCGAGGAAAAGAAGAGAAGAAAAAAAAAAGGAAUGGGAACGUAAUCUCUCACGACGAGGUGGAAAUGGAUAGCAACACGCAGAGGCAGGUUCGAAAUGCUCGACUGCUUCCAAUGGUUUUAGAUGAUCACCAAUUUCGUGACGAUCGUCUUAGAAGAUCUAUCCUGCAUAAUACUGAUAAAAAAAAAAAUUUCUCGAAACAAUAGGUGGAUAAAACGAUUUA